AUGUCGCAUUCGUCUAACGCGAACCCAGUGCCCAAACUAUACAAGUCUAUUAUCGAAGAUGUAAUUGAGGGAGUGAGUGAACUGUUUGCUGAAGAAGGUGUAGAUGAGCAGGUUCUGAAAGAACUAAAACAAUUAUGGGAAACCAAGGUGAUACAGUCUAAAGCUACUGAAGGUUUCUUCCGAGAUUGCAGCACUGCACCUCAAUUUGUUCUACAAUUGCCACAGAAUUUACAUCAGUCAAUUCAUACAUCAACAGGUGUACGAAACAUUCACAAUUUUGGAACAAAUGAAAUGAAUUCAUCUGGACAAAACAGUGCAUUUACUCUUCCACCUGGCUUAACUUAUCCCAUCCACCUUCCAGCUGGAAUGACUGUGCAAACUGCAUCUGGGCAGGUAUAUAAAGUGACUGUACCCGUAAUGGUUACCCAAGCACCUGGGGCUACAAGAAUUCUUCAACAGCAGCCAGCUCAGCAUUACUUUCAACACAUGAGUCAUUCCACUGGACCAGCAACUAGCAGUCAGUUUGGGAAUGCUCAAGCUGGUCAUAAUUGGCAACCACAAGUACCACAAGUUCAAAGACCAACUUCUGAAUGUGCCCCUCUGUAUGAAGCAGACUCCAAUGUAGAAAAGAAUUUUGAAAAUAAUGAUCAGGCUUCAUUUACUCAGCAGUCUGCUAAUAUACAGCCGCAUCUUCAAAGUAAUGUGCUUAAUCAGCCUUUAAGUGGUUUAGCAGCAAAUAAUUUUAAUGUCAUGCCUCCGCCACUCUUCAGUACAAGACAGAUGGGAUUACCGAUGGUUAAUACUUCUGAUUCAGCUCUGAAUACCCUAAGCUUCACCCACACAGUUGCGAAUGAAUGUGCAGGACUGUUAAAAUCGCAGGUUCCUGAUAAUGAUGCACAACUGGAAGCACUACUAGAUGAGGAUGUUAAUGAAAAUGUUCAUCACAAUGUUCCUAUAGAUAUUAGUGGCGUAAACAUCCCUAAUGAUGUGUCUCUACUAGAAAAGCAAAUUUUACAUGUGGAGGAUGAUAUAAUUCAAGUAGAUGGGGCUGGUGAUACUUCCUCCGAAGAAGAUGUAGGAAAUGUUAGAGACAUAGAUGAGAAUGAGCUCCUUGGCAUUAUAGACACAGAAGAUCUCAAAGCUUUAGAAGAGGAGGACACUGCAUCAAAUGGUACAACUAGCAGUAGCAGUGAUGAUGAAGAUCCAGAGAUUGAUGUCAUUGAAGAGGACCCUCUGAAUUCUGGAGAUGAUGUAAGUGAACAAGAGGUUCCAGACCUGUUUGAUACAGACAAUGUAAUAGUGUGCCAGUAUGAUAAGAUUCACCGGAGUAAAAAUAAAUGGAAAUUUUACUUAAAAGAUGGGGUCAUGUGCUUUGGAGGAAAAGAUUAUGUGUUUUCCAAAGCCAUUGGCGAAGCUGAAUGGUAAAUUAUCUUUGGCCCUGUGUAGUGUGCAAUAGCACUUUUUUUUUUUUUUUUUUUUUAAUCACAUUCUGUAACGUUUGCAAUAUACCUUUGUACAAUUUUGUUUCUGACCCGCCAUCUUAA